CGAAAAACCAGCGAGCUCCGCUGGCGACGACGAUGAGUGCAACACCCAAGCCCACGCCCGGACUGGCGACGACGCUCACGCCGGCCACGCAUGCGCCGGCGAUCGCGGCCUUGACCUCGGCGCCAUUGACCUCGAGCUGGGCAGACCACAUCACGCUGACGCAGCAGGUCACGAUCAUCGGGCUUCCGAUCGUCGCGCUUAUCUUGAUCUACGUCUUCCUCCGCUGCAUCUGGAAGGUGCCUGAGGGCAACAGCCUGCCCAAGUUUGCAGGGCCCAAGUACGGCUCGACCGACGACAAGGACGCGCUCAACAAGAUCAAGAAGGAGAAAUCGUCGCUCUGCGAAGAAGGCGAGGCUGCCGGCGACUACGAUGCGCCGUGGACGCAGACAUUCGACCUGAUCUUCUUGCUCGGCAUGAUCUUGUACCUUGUCGUCCUGCUCGUCUUGACGUAUUUGUACGCGCCCGAGUACUUUUCGUCCAUCGACUUUUGGCUCUUUCAGCUGCCAAAGCUGGGCUGCAUGAUGGCCGUGUCGCUACUCGGCGGCCUUGUGUGCCGUUGCUUCUGCGAAGUCGACAGCAAGGGCUACAUCAUGACCAACAAGUCGUCGGUGUUCAAGGUCAACUACACGCGGAAGCUCCAGCACUUUGCCGCGUACAUGGUGCCCCUCGUGAUCCACAGCAGCUACCACGGUCCGCUUGCCCUUGGAUGGGGUGACUUCUUUACGAUGCUCGGCUUCCUCGUCUUGAUCAAGCCGAUUCGCGAGUCGGCGACGUUCUUUAUGCUCCAGUUCAACUCGCUCGACCGUCCCGAGGACCGCCCGCAUACGCUCAACUGGAUCAUUGCAGGCAACAUUGCGCCGGGUCUCUUCAUCCUCAUGUUCUUCAAGUGGCUCUAUGGCGAGCAAGGCGCGUUAACGUUCAUCAUUGUCUUCAUCACGGGCAUCGGCGACGGCCUCGCCGAGCCUGUUGGCAUUGCCUGGGGCAAGCACAAGUACAAGACGCGGAGCUGCUUUUCCUCGCGCAAGUACACGCGGUCGUGGGAAGGCUCGGCGUGCGUCUUCCUCUCGGGCAUGAUCUUUCCCGCGCUUCAAUACGCCAACUUUCAAAGCUUCACGCAGGUGCUUACGGCGAUGCUCAUCCUGCCGCCGACGAUGGCCUACGCCGAAGCGAUUGCGCCGCACACGAUGGACACGCCCGUCCUCAUGAUCGGCUGCGGCGCUAUCUUGUAUGCGAUCACGCAUCUCAUCGCGUAAGCGCAUGAAAACACUCGAAUAUGAUGUUUGAACCUUUCCA